GACACGUUGUUGUUGUUGUUGAUAUUAUAAAGAUUCUGCUUUAAUUUCACCAAGUGGAGCAAGUUAAGUGUGAUGUUUUGGCUGCGUGUUGUAAAAUCCCUCUCAACAACACCACCUCCGACACCAUCCUCUCAGGAGUGAUGGGCUCCAAGUUGACCAGACAGAGAAGUCUCGAUUUUGAAACAAAAGUGUCCAAGAGGAGAUGCCAGAGGAAUGACAGCCCGGGAGAGAGCGAGAGGAGCGGGGACUUCUUGUUUACCUCCCUGAUGCUGAAGUCCGACAAGCUGCCCGGGAUGCUGCGGAGAACAAACCACUGCCCGUAUGUGAGGAGGGUGGCGUGGAUCCGGGAGAUCCAGAGACUCCUCCGGGAGCAGAAGAUGGAGCAAGCUGGCGAAGUGCUCAAACUGCUGAGGAAGGAUUUGGGACUCCAGGGAUCGUCACUCAAUGACAUUUUGUACAAGAACGCAGCUUUUCUCAACCUGGUGGACCCCAUUUCUCACGAGCUGCUGCUCAGUCUCGCCCGCGACCUGCAGUGCCCAAAAAGGGAGACUGACUCGUUCAAGUCCACCACCAAGAUCUGCCGGCAGCUGAUUUACCAUCUGACCCCUCACUCCAAGUGGACGAGACAGAGCGUGCCCAGGAGGAAGUCUCAGGCCUGUCUGAAGACCACCCUGAAGAAGAAGGUUACCGGUGACCUGGUCAACCUGUCAGGCAUCCCGCUGUCCGGCCGAGACGUCCACCGCGUGGCCUUCUACCUGCAGAGCAGCAGCGAGGCGGUGUCCACGGUGGACCUGAGCUUCACCGAGCUGCGGGACGAGAGCUUACGGCUGCUGCUGCCCAACCUCGGCUGCCUGCCCAAACUCGCCAUACUGGCCGUGAAUGGCAACCGCCUGACGAUGGCCAUCCUGAAAGACCUGACGGAUGCAGUGAAGGAUCCCAAGAAGUUCCCCAGCCUGGCCUGGGUGGACCUGGGCAACAACGUAGACAUCUUCACCGUGCCGCAGCCGCUGCUCGUGGCUCUGCGGCGCCGCUUCGGUUUACGCAGCAGCCUUCCGACCAUUUAUGAGUACAGGGAGGCGCAGACGUUCAGCGGAUACAACCCGAACUUGGAGACGUCAGUGGAGGAGCCCAGUCUGUACGAGGAGGGCGAUGGAGAGGAGGAGGAGAAAGAGGAGGAGGAGGACAGGCUGGAGCUACGAGCAUGGGGAUGUAGAGAAGGAAAUACGUCAAAAGAUGUGCCGCUGCACUUCAGUGGGAGGUGAUCGCCAGCAACUGCUUUCUUUAGACUGGCUGCCCCUUACAUCCCUCAGAAUCACCUCUGUUAGCAGCUGUCAUUGUGGCAGAUGCUUACCACUUGUUUCCUAAAAUAACUUUAAAAUAAAUAGCUGUGUUGUGUCCCUAUGGAUGACUAUUGAAACGAUGCAGGCAGCUCUGUGGUCGUACAACGUUUUUAUUUAUUAAG